UUGUCAUUGUCAUUGUUUUUGAGAAGAAAGAGAAAGAGAGUGAGAGACAGAAGAGAGAGAGAGUGUGUGUGUAAGGAAAUGAAUCGAAAUCAAACCAUUUGAUUUUGAUUCCGAGAGAGAAAUUGCUUUGUUUGGAUCAUAAAAUCAAAGACUGAAGUCUGUUAUUUGAGCGCGAGACUUGGAAAUGGUUUGACCUCCGCCUAUAUAGGAAAAUAUACGUGUGUGUAUAUAUAUAUAUAUAUUAUAUAUACAGAUUGGGUUUUACUUUAGGAGCAUUGAUUGGGGAAAGUGGAUCCGGAGAGGUAUGGAGUCUCGGAUGGAUCAGUACGAGAUCAUGGAGCAGAUCGGCCGCGGUGCUUUUGGGGCCGCCAUUCUUGUUAAUCACAAGGCCGAGAAGAAAAAAUAUGUGUUGAAGAAGAUCAGGCUCGCUCGCCAAACUGAACGAUGCCGGCGAUCAGCUCACCAAGAGAUGGCUCUUAUUGCCCGAAUUCAGCAUCCUUAUAUUGUGGAAUUUAAGGAAGCUUGGGUUGAGAAGGGUUGCUAUGUUUGCAUUGUCACCGGAUACUGUGAGGGCGGGGACAUGGCUGAACUGAUGAAAAAAUCAAAUGGGGUUUAUUUUCCUGAGGAGAAAAUCUGCAAGUGGUUCACGCAGCUACUAUUGGCGGUUGAGUACUUACAUUCGAACUAUGUUCUACACCGCGACUUAAAAUGUUCCAAUAUCUUUCUCACAAAGGACCAGGAUGUUCGUCUUGGGGACUUUGGACUAGCUAAGACCUUGAAGGCGGAUGACUUGGCUUCCUCGGUGGUUGGAACUCCAAAUUACAUGUGUCCUGAAUUGCUUGCUGAUAUUCCUUAUGGCUUUAAAUCUGAUAUUUGGUCUUUAGGGUGCUGUAUGUAUGAGAUGUCUGCUUAUCGCCCUGCUUUUAAAGCUUUUGAUAUGGCGGGAUUGAUAAGCAAGAUAAAUCGCUCCUCCAUUGGUCCUUUGCCAUCCUGCUAUUCCCCAUCCUUGAAAACACUUAUCAAGGGCAUGCUGAGGAAGAAUCCUGAACAUCGGCCAAGUGCAUCCGAAAUUUUGAAGCACCCCUAUUUGCAGCCUUAUGUUGAACAAUGUCGUCCAUCAUUUAUUCUGUCUACAAAUUUUUCUCCACAGAAGCCUAUAUCUAGACCUCAUGAUUCUCGAAGAAAUAUGGCCGAAAGCCAAAACAGUAAUAGUUCAAGCAGCGACAAGGAUAGUCUGCUUUCAAAUGACAAAAACGUUCUACAAGUGGUGCCAAACUGUGGUAGCAAAGGUUCUGAGACAGAUUUGGUUUCUUUUGAUGAUGAAGAUGUCAUUGACCAGUUCUUACCUACUCAAGAUGAGCAUGGUCCCAAUCAUUUUGCUCUCAAGAUGGAUGAAAAAGAUGUUAAGAAACCUCCUCACUAUGAUCAGAGAUCAAAUCUUGAAUCAAAGCAACCAAAAACCAUAAAAAAUAUAAUGAUGGCUAUUAAAGAAGGAAAAGUUCGGGAAAGUUCUCCAAUGAGAAGCAAUCGUGCAAGGCCCAGCAGUAUGCCCACCCCAAAAAUUAACACUGAAACAUCAUCUAAAAUUCCCAAGCCUAGCACUGUUAUUCCUGGUUUGAAAUCAUCUCACGACACACCACCUCUUGCCCCUUCAAAGGCAGCUUCAGAUUCUACAAAGCGUAUUCAGAGCUCACAUCCUCUAAAGCAUUUGUUGCCUAUGUUUGACUCUCCAAAAGCUAAGCCCAAACAUGACGGAGUGACACUUACUCCCACAAAGCAUGUUGGUGAAGAUGGACUUCAAACUAGGCCUAGGCAAAGAACGCCUCCAUCUCUAGUUAGACGCUGUACAUUUCCUGGACGGAUGAAGCAAAUCGGUUUUGAUGCUCCAAAUGAUGUGAGCAAUGCUGUUACUCUAGAUACAGGUGAGAUACCCGAGGAAGUGGAGGUGUCCAAUGGUUGCCUCAUUAAUAUUCCUAAAAAGGUCCUUAUUGAGCCUCAAAGAACUCAAGAAAGAGGUUCCAAAGGAAUGCAAACGGAUAGCAGCAACUCUAUUUCAUCUUCAAUAUCCAUUCAAGGAUUUGAGAUCUAUGAUGAUGCUACAACUCCUUUCAUUGAGAUGCCAGACAAAAUACCUCCUGAACAUGGCACUGUUGCCAAUGGCAGUACUGAAUCCCAUAUACCGCGCUGCUCAACUCCUAUUCAGUUGCCUUCUGCAACGCCUAGAACCAUGCAUAACGAGAACCAUGGACUUGAAAAUAAGUCCGUAGUCUGCUCUGUUGAAACCUCUCAGGAUGUUAUACAUAUUGAGGGUACAAGUACUGGGAAUGAACUGGUGAGUUUCACUGCAACUCUUGCUCCCCCUGUACCAAGUUCUGAAGAAAGAUUUAGUUGUAAGGAUGAGACCUCUGUAUGCGGGCCUAGUAGCAGGCCUGAUAUAUCGACAGAGUCAAACCUGACAUCUGUCUCUAGUGGCGAUGACAAGUUCACCGUUAGGGAACUUCUAUCCUCAAUAACAGAAGCUACCACAUGCAUUACUCCUCCCAGCUCUUCAAGCCAACAAGGAUUGCAGCUGAAUACAGGAACUGCCAUUCAAAAUGCAAGAAUUGACAACCAAGUUGCUACCCAUCUUCCUUCAGUCUUUGAUGAUAUCAUUCAUGUUAUACGACAUAGUAGUUAUCGUGUUGGGAGCGAGCAACCAGUAAUGGAAUCUAUGGAGAUGGGGGUUCAAAGUCUAGAUGUUGGUAAGCUAAUGAACGUUGUGAGGGAUGAGUUGGAGAUGAAAACCACAACUUCGGAGAUGAAAACCGCAACUUCUCCUGUGAUUCUCAAAUCACCAAGUACCUCUGAACCUCAGAGUGUGAAGUCAAAUAUUUCUGAUCACUCAACUGCAAAGGAGACAGAAGUUAGAAACCCUGUCAGUCCAACAAUUCCCAAGAUCGAAUCCUCCGAGUCAACUACAGUCAGCUCUUCUGUGAAUGAAGAAGAAACUCCAGUAAAGGAAAUACUAGAUGUUAAGUCUUUUAGGCAGAGGGCAGAUGCACUUGAAGGUCUAUUAGAAUUGUCGGCGGAUCUGCUGCAGCAAAACAGAUUAGAGGAGCUCUCCAUUGUUCUGAGGCCUUUCGGGAAAGACAAAGUCUCCCCAAGAGAGACCGCAAUCUGGUUAGCAAAGAGUCUCAAAGGAAUGGUGAUUGAUGAUAGCGGACGGAGUUUGUGAAGUUUCAAAUCCUAGGUAAGCUAUGCUUUGUUGACAUUACUUGAACUGCUCUAGUAAUUCUCAGUUUUCUUUCCCCUUGUUGGUCACAACCAUUUGCAUAUUCAAAUUAAUCUGAAUCGAAAUAGAACAAUGUACUAUGUUUUCUUGUUAGAUACAUGUAAUUCUUUAAAUGUAUUUUGCUGUUGUACAUAGUGACCAUACAAAAUAAUAGCAUUAUUGUUUAGUCAA